GGCAGAGCCCCAUUCACCUUCACUAUGAGGGGGAUCAUACUAGCACUAGUGCUCACCCUUGUAGGUAGCCAGAAGUUUGACAGCGAACCUGGAUUCAGCAGUAAGAAGAGCUACUUGUACAGCUAUGAAGGCUGGGUGUUGAAUGGGCUUCAAGAGAAAAGUUUAGCCAAAGUCGGUGUGCGCUUGAGCGGCAAACUGGAGAUCAGUGCACUGUCGGAGAGUGCUUACUUCCUCAAGAUCCGCUCUCCGCAGUUUGAGGAGUACAAUGGCUUCUGGCCCAAGGACCCUUUUAUUCGCUCUUCUAAAAUCACACAGAUAAUUUCUGCAUGUUUUUCUCGGCCCUUCAAGUUUGAAUACAGCAGUGGACGGGUUGGAAACAUUUAUGGCCCAGAAGACUGCCCUGUUACAUGUAUUAACAUAGUGAGAGGAAUACUGAACAUGAUACAGAUAACCAUUAAAAAGUCACAGAAUGUGUAUGAAUUGCAAGAGGCUGGAAUUGGAGGUGUCUGUCAUACAAGGUAUGUCAUCCAGGAAGACAAGAAGAACAGCCGAGUCUUGGUUACCAAAACUGUAGACCAAAAUAAUUGCCAGGAAAAAGUGAAGAAGAGUGUUGGAAUGGCUUACAUCUAUCCUUGUCCUGUUGACAUGAUGAAGGGAAGGCUCAUAAAAGGGACUACAGCUUUCUCCCACAAACUGAAGCAGUCAGAUGGUGUUGCUCUCAUCACAGAAGUGGUGUCACAGCAGGUGUAUCAGAUCUCACCACUCAGUGAACCUACUGGUGUUGCUGUCACAGAAGCAAGGCAAAAGCUCACCUUGCUUGAAGUGAAAAGUGAAUGGGGAAGCACCCCAGACGUUUUCGUGCAGAGCUACGGAGGCCUCCGUUACCAAUUCCCAUCAGAACUGCCCCAGAUGCCAGUGCAGCUAAUCAAGACGAAAAACCCUGAGCAACGGAUAGCAGAAACACUGCAGCACAUAGUCCCGAAUAACCAGCAAGAUUUCCACGAAGAUGUUCCGUACAAAUUCCUGGAGCUCGUCCAGCUCUGCCGAAUAGCAAGCGCUGACGCCCUCGAGUCCCUCUGGAAACAGUUUUCUGACAAGCCCCGCUACAGACGGUGGCUACUGAGCGCAAUUUCUGCAACAGGCACGACAGAAGCACUCAAAUUCAUCAAGACCAGGAUUCGAAAUGAUGACCUUAACUACAUUCAGACUCUUCUAAGUGUCUCUUUUGCUCUCCAUUUAGUGAAAGCUGAUGAAGAGAGUAUUUCAGUAGCAGCAGAUUUAGUGACCAGUUCACGGAUUCAGAAAAGUGCCAUACUUCAGCAAGUUGCCUGCCUGGGAUACAGCUCUGUGGUCAACAGAUACUGUUCUAAGACCUCAGCUUGCCCUAAAGAAGCUCUUCAGCCCAUCCAUGACCUGGCAGACGAAGCAGUCAACAGGGGCCGUGAAGACAAAAUGAAAUUAGCUCUGAAGUGUAUCGGUAAUGCAGGAGAACCAGCCAGCAUCAAGCGCAUCCUCAAGUUCCUUCCCUUAUUUUCAUCCAGUGCUUCUGAUACCCCCAUCCACAUUCAGGUUGAUGCCAUAAUGGCCUUAAGAAAAAUAGCCUGGAAGGAUGCCAAAGCAGUGCAGGGAUAUCUGAUUCAGAUCCUUGCAGACCAGUCACUUUUCCCUGAAGUGCGAAUGAUUGCUUGUGCUGUGAUCUUCGAGACAAGACCUGCCCUUCCUUUAAUAACAACGAUAGCUAACGUGGCAAUGAAGGACAGCAAUUUGCAGGUGGCCAGUUUUGUGUAUUCCCACAUGAAGGCUUUGUCAAAGAGCAGUCUGCCGUACAUGUACAACAUAUCUUCAGCUUGCAAUAUCGCCCUGAAGCUGCUGGCCUCCAAACUGGACAAACUGAGCUAUCGGUAUAGCAAGGUCAUUCAUGUUGGUGGUUACUUUGAUAACUAUAAAGUUGGUGCUGCUGGAGAUGUCUAUGUUAUGAACAGUCCAGGAACAAUGUUCCCAUCAGCAAUAAUUUCCAAGCUCAAGGCAUAUUCUGCUGGGUCAGUGGCUGAUUUGGUGGAGGCUGGUGUUCGUGUGGAAGGCCUCACAGAUGUCAUCAAGAAGCAGAACAUCCCCUUUGCUGAAUAUCCCACCUACAAAAAGAUAAAGGAGAUAGGCAAAACGCUGCUGGGGUGGAAGGAACUGCCAGAAGAAACCUCAUUGAUAUCAGCCUACUUGAAACUCUUUGGCCAGGAGCUGGCCUAUGUCAACAUCAACAAGGAAGUCCUGCACCAGGUUGUGAAGACUGUGCUAGAACCUGCUGACAGGAACGCAGCGAUAAAGAGGAUCCUCAACCAAAUCCGCAGCGGCGUGGCAGGACAGUGGACGCAGCCGGUGUGGCUGGGGGAGCUGCGGUACAUUGUGCCCAGCUGCACCGGGCUGCCGCUGGAGUACGCCUCCUACACCGCUGCUCUGGCGCGUGUGGCACUCAGCGUUGAUGGAAAGAUAACUCCCCCUUUAAGUGGAGAUUUUAAAGCUUCCCAGUUGCUUGAAUCCACUGUACAGAUUCGAUCUGACAUAAAACCAAGCUUGUACGUACAGACAGUUGCAACCAUGGGCGUCAACACAGAAUACUUCCAACAUGCUGUUGAAAUUCAAGGGAAGGCCCUGAUCAAAGUGCCAGUGAAAUUUGAUGGGAAGAUAGACAUCAAACUGAAAAACAUUAAGAUUGAAACAAACCCAUGCCGUGAGGAAACGGAAAUAGUGGUUGGAAGGCACAAGGCUUUUGCUGUGUCAAGAAACAUCGCGGAGCUAGGUGUCGAAAAGAGGACCUCAAUUCUUCCAGGAGAUGCUUCAUCAAGUAUUGUUGAAGAACCUUUCAAACCAGCAGAGAGAGCUUCCAGUGAAGGUUUCACAACGCAAGGACCUGACAGCACACCAAAGAAACAAGUCUAUAGCUCUCAAGAGGACUUUGACCAUGGCACACGAAGAAAAAGUCAUAAACAAGACAUUUGUGUCAAACUAAAUCACCUUGGUUGCCAGCUUUGCUUCUCCAGAAAGUCACAGGAUGCCAGCUUCCUGAAAAACACCUAUUUGCACCGAUUAAUUGGAGAACAUGAAGCUAAAAUAGCCUUGAGACCAGUUCAAACAGAUGCUGAUAUUGACAAAAUUCAGCUGGAGAUUCAGGCAGGAUCCAGAGCAGCUUCCAAAGUAAUUGAUGUGGUAAACUCAAAGACUGAGGAAGCAGAUAAGUCAUCUCUGUAUGAGGAUGUUCAAGCUAAACUGAAAAAGAUUCUAGGCAUUGAAAAUGUGUUCAAGGUUGCAAAUAAAACACAACGCCAGAAGAAGCAAGCUUCUAAGAAAGAAAACACUAUGCUAGCAGAUCUUGGGACAGACCCUGAUGCAAAAAAUCCCUCCAGCUCAUCUGGCUCCUCAGCUGUCGCCUCUUCUUCCUCAUCAUCUGCUGCUGCUCCUGAUCAUAUAAAGGCUGUGGAUGAAGAAGAGAACGAUCAAGUAAAGAAAGCAAGAAACAAAGAUUCAAGCAGCAAGAGCAGUAGCGGUAGUGGCAAAAGUAGCAAGAGCAGCAGUAGCAGUAAGCAUAGCAGUAGCAAGAGCAGUAGUAGCAGCAGCAAGAGCAGCAGCAGUAACAAGAGCAGUAGCAGCAGUAGCAGCAGUAGCAAGAGCAGUAGUAGCAGCAGCAAGAGCAGUAGCAGCAGUAGCAAGAGCAGUAGUAGCAGCAGCAAGAGCAGUAGCAGUAGUAGCAAGAGCAGUAGCAAGAGCAGUAGCAGCAGUAGCAAGAGCAGUAGUAGCAGCAGCAGUAGCAAGAGUAGUAGCAGUAGCAAGAGCAGUAGCAGCAGCAGCAAGUCAAGUCAUCAUAGCCAUGGACAUCACUCAAGAUACCUGAAUGACAGCAGCAGCAGCAGCAAGUCAUCCAGUCACCAUAGCCAUAGGCAUCAUUCGGGACAUUCAGAUGAUAGCAGCAGCAGCAGCAGCGAUUCCAAAACAUGGGAAGUUAAUGAGAUUUAUCAGUAUCGCUUUAAAUCAGCGCACAGGCAAGAGUUCCCUAAACAGAAAAUCCCAGUUGACAGCCUGAGAAGCACAUACUCCUCUGCAAAAUCCAGCCAUGCCUCAUCUCAAGAUGAUUUCCAGCCCAAGUUUUUGGGAGAUGUUAAAACACCAGUAUUAGCUGCUUUCCUUCAUGGCAUUCGUAAUGAUAAGAAAAUAAGAGGCCUCCAGCUUGUGGUAUAUGCUGAUAUUGACUCCAUCAAGCCCCGGGUGCAGGUAUUUGUAUCAAACCUCACAGAUUCAAGCAAGUGGAAGAUCUGUGCAGAUGCUUCAGUCCUCAAUGCUCACAAGGCAGCGGCUUACCUGAAAUGGGGCCGCAAUUGCAAAGACUACUAUGUUUCAACUGAGCUGGUCACCGGGAGGUUUGCUGACCACCCUGCUGCACAAGUGAAAGUGAAGUGGUCUAAAGUUCCAUCAAGUGUCAAAUCCAUAGCAGAAUGGUUUUACAAGUUUGUCCCUGGGGCUGCAUUUAUGCUGGGGUUCUCUGAAAAAGCAGACAAGAAUCCUUCUCAACAAGCCAAGGCGAUUGUGGCUCUGACUUCUCCAAGAACAUGUGAUGUUGUCAUCAAGCUUCCUGAUAUGAUCAUCUAUGAAAAAGCCAUGAGGCUUCCCCUCUCACUCCCCGUGGGUCCAAAGAUACCAGCUUCAGAGCUGCAGCCUCCCAUCUGGAAUGUCUUUGCUGAAGCCCCCUCUGCAGUGCUCGAGAAUUUGAAAGCUCGCUGCUCAGUUUCCCGUAACACCAUCACAACCUUCAAUGAAGUUCGGUUUAACUACACCAUGCCGGCAAACUGCUAUCACAUCUUGGCACAGGAUUGCAGUCCUGACCUCAAGUUCGUGGUGAUGAUGAGGAAUGCUGACGACGCUGCGAGCCUGAAAGCGAUCAACAUCAAGCUCGGCAUUCAUGAAAUUGAUAUGCAGCCUGAGAAGGGACAGGUCAAACUGCGGGUAGAUGGGGUUGAAAGCCCCACAACAAAUGUCACAUACUCCUCUGAUGGUGCUUCUCUGUGGAUCUACAGUGAAAUGCAAGGGCUUGCACUUAUUGCCCCAGCCUAUGGCAUUGAGAAAUUGUACUUUGAUGGACGCUCAUUCAAGAUUCAAGUUGCUUUAUGGAUGGCAGGAAAAACGUGUGGGAUAUGUGGAAAAUAUGAUGCAGAAUGUGAACAGGAAUAUCGGAUGCCAAAUGGAUAUCUAGCUAAAGAUGCAGUGAGCUUUGUGCAUUCUUGGCUUUUGGAAGAAAAGGCUUGUACAGGAGCCUGCAAACUGCAGCACUCCUUUGUGAAGCUUGAGAAGACAGUUCAGAUUGUGGGUGUAGAGUCCAAGUGCUAUUCUACAGAGGCUGUGCUGCGCUGCGUGAAAGGAUGCUCUGCCACCAAGACUACUCCAGUCACUGUUGGCUUCCACUGUCUCCCAGCUGAUUCUGCUACCAGCCUGACGGACAAACAAGCCAAGUUUGACCAGAAGUCAGAGGAUCUGCAGGCCACUGUUGAUGCACACAUAGCAUGUUCUUGUGAGAAUGAAGACUGCAGUGCGUGAAGCUGUACAUUGCAGCACAGCAAAAAAACGGAAACACUUUAAUGUUUUUAUUGUGUGGUGCAAGAAAACUCAUCUUAAGGAAUAACAGAGAUACUGUGUGGAAUCUUCCUGAGUAAUUUAAAGUAUUGAACUUUAUUUGUGUAAAAACUGUUAUGAUUUCCCAUAAAUAUCUGAUUUCGUAAUAAAUCCAUGCACGGAAAAAGUA